UUUGAUCCAUCUUCAGUUCUCUAGCACAAGGAAAAUUGAAGCGUUGUUAGGCAGAAGAUGCUUGAGCAACCAAAUCUGCUUCGUAGACCUUUACCUCCAAAGCUGUUACCUGAGCUGUGUAUACCAAGGAAAAAGACUCAGAAAGGCAGGAUACCUACACAGCAUGGGACUAAAGCAAUAACAAGCACAAAUGAUGAAGACAAAAAUUUUCCUUCCAGUAAUUAUUCCAGAGGUCAAAAGGAAGCUCAGCCCAAAGAUGAGCUUCUCCUUGAUCAAAUUUCCCAUGGACGAACAGAAACCCAUCCCAAAGAUGCACAGUUUCAGAUCCUAGGUACUCAACUCCUGCUUAAUCGAGAUCACCAUGGUCAAACCCGGUCCCACCCCAAGGAUAUGCACCUCCUACCUGAUCAAGACCACCGUGGUGAAACCCAAUCACAGUCCAAGGAUACACAACAAAUUGACCAAAAUUUAACAAGAGAUUUGGCUAUUCCUGGACAUGAUCACCAUGGGUCUGCUAGAUUCCCAUUUCAGAAAGACAGUGGUUCCUCUCAUAUGGAGAUUGUAGGUCAGGAACAUGAUGAUUCUUUACCAGACCUUGCUGCUACUACUACAAGUGCAAUUGAAAAAGUCGAGAUUACUCCUUCUGGUCUUUAUUCAAGCAGCCGAAUACCAAUCCAGAUUAAAGUGCACAACCUUUCUGCUGAUGAAAUUAUUUUGAGAGACUUCAGUAUUACUUCAAAUUCAAGCGGAUCUGCUAGCUUCGCAUUAAAUAAAUAUUAUAGACCCUCUUCCAUGCAACUUCUUGGCUCACAAAAGGUUGAUCCUACUUGUUCGGUUUUACCAGAGUUUUCCUUGGAGAGCUUGUCAUCUCAUGAUUCACAUGCAAAAACAUCAUUCAUGAAACCAGUUGUUUCUCACUAUAACUGCGAAAAACUCGCUAGCCGAUUAAUUUCUGAAGAGAGGAGGAGCAAGCAGACAGAAAUUAGCACAAUGUUGCUGUCCAGUAACACUGAUUUACCAUUUGUUUUAUCAAGAAAGCCUCAGAGACAGAGUGAAAUAGAAAUAGCUUUGGCAGAAAAAAUGAAGAAAGCCAGCUUGCUAGAACACACUUUAGAAGAUGAAGGAAACGCAUCUGUUACAGACAGUUUAACAUUUCACGCUCAUGAAACGAGAGGAAGAAUGUUCUCAGAAGAGAAGGUUGUAGAACCAUGUGCCCUUGAUGAUGAUGAUGUGUAUGUCCAGGGAAUUGGGUACAAAAUUAUAUUAACUAAGCGGGAUGAAGAGGAAGAAUUGAUGGACAGGGCCAAAAAUGCAGUUUUCUAUUGCCUGAUGCGUCAAAAAACUGGACUGAGUCUCAAGGCCUAUUUUCUGUUUCAUCUUCCAGACCUGACACCUUUAGUCAAUACUUUGGUGUAUCUCAACUUGUCAUUCAAUAAUUUACAAUUCUUUCCUAGAGAGGUGUAUAAUCUUCAAAAAUUACAAGUCCUGAAGGUCCGAAACAACCCCAUUAAAGAAAUCCCAGAUGAUAUUCACAAACUCAGGACACUUAGGAAAUUUAUCAUUUCCUUCAAUUUGCUAUCUGUCCUUCCCACUGGGCUGUUUUCAUUACCAUAUCUUUGGUAUCUGGAUGUUGCCUACAAUGAUAUCAGUGUUAUCCCUAGUGAAAUCAAGAAUCUCAGAGCACUUGAAUAUCUAGAUGUUGAAGGGAAUCAGCUGUGUGUUUUGCCUGGUGGAGUCUUGAAGCUUCCUCUGAAAAGCCUUAGAGUAGAAAAUAACUUCAUGCAUCCUUUCUUAUGGAAUGAAAGCUGCCAAAACCAGCCACAGAGACUUACUGAUUUGGCUGCAUUUUCCUUCUCCAAAAACAAUCUAGGACAAAGAUAUAAGGAAAUCCCAAAGGAUAUUCAAACCAUAUUGUGCAACUUUACCCUCUGCGACUACUGCAAUGGACCUUUGUAUGGUCAAGGACUUCAUUGCAUUCGAACUCAAAGGAGCAUAUUUAGAUCACACAGACUUCCUUUCCUCUUUAAUGCCUGCUCAUCAUCUUGUUACAGAAGCUUCAUGUCUCAGACUGCUGCUAUGUCUCAAAUAUUUUAUAGAGAUGGAUUUGAGUUACAGCAUAGAAACUGGUGAUGUGAUAAUGCCACUUACAAUAUAUGAUGUCUUUUAGGUCAUGUGGUACUAGAGGAUAGCUUCAGAUAUUGGCAUACUUGUGAUGACUUCCUAUGUGCAAUUAUCAUACCCUCCUUAAAGUGUGUUCUGUUCUAAAUUCUCUGGUUUUUUGUUUCUAUUUCCAUAUGAAUUUAUCUCUGUUUAUCUCAGAGAUCACUCACUGACAAGUUUUCUCAGAAGGCUUUUAAGCAAUGUUUGUGACUGACAGAUUCUGUACAAAUAGUGUACGAAGAGUAUAAAUAUAUAAAUGCAGACUCAGUAAAAAAGACAG